AUGGCAGAGAACAGUCCUACAUCUGUACCAAAUCUGUGCAUGCUGGUGGGCGACGCUGUAGUAAAUAAAUUAAUGCGUAAGGUGGGUAGUGUUGCUGCGUUGGCGCGUCUUUCCGACGCAGCACUGCGGCACAUUGGCAUGGAGGAGGACGGAGCCUCAGCUAACGGCCAUCACUUGCGUGCCGGUUACCUUGCAGAGGCGCCCGUGUUUGUGGAGUUCUUUGGUGACGAGUGCGUGAGGGCUGAUGACCUGCAGGCCGCUAGGAAAGGGAUCGCUGUAUUUGCCCGCAAGUGCUGUCUUGCCCUGAAAACUGAUAUCUCUGGCAGUUCUCCAGAUGGUGCAUUUGGUGGUGCGGAGUUAGAGAAGUUACGGCACAGUUUCGAGCUGCUACUGACAGAAGGAAAGGUGAGCUCUACGGACACACAGGCGCUUCCUGUUCCACACGUAUUUGUUCGCGGCGAAGAAGUGAAAAAGAAGCGUGGAGGGUGGAAGGAGCUUCGCAAACUGCAGGCGAAACAGGAAGCCCCGAAUCCUCUUGAACGAGCCGUUUCGUACGUAAAGAUGGGUGUCAGCGAAGAUCAGCAACUACAGUCAAUUAUUCAACGGGGUGAUCUGCAAGCGCAGUUGCUAAAGAGUAUAACGAAGGCGGUCGAGACGAAGAAACGUCCCCGCGAUGGAGAUGAAGAAUAUGACGACUUGAUGCAAAUUCGGUUGUAG